AUGGGGGAAAGAGAAAUAGGGAAAUUCCCAAGUCAACUAGUGCCUAACCCAAAAGGGCAAUUUGUUAUUGGGAGUACAUCCGAUCCUUCUCAUGGGCAAGAGCAUGUGCAAGCCAUCACAACUUUAAGGUCAGGAAGGCGAGUGGAUAAUCAAGUGGCCGUGCCGGAAGAAGUCACUGAGGCGACAAAAAAGGAGGAAAGCCAAGACAAGCUUGAUAGAGAUCUUGGACCAGACACUAUCUUUCCAAUUGCUAAGGAGAUUCCCCUGAAGUUUGUUCCCAAAGCUCCGUUUCUAGAAAGACUGGCGACUCCCAAGAAAGGCUUAAAGUUUGAUGACAUUUUGGAAGAUUUGGUAACCAUUAAGAGAAGGAUAAAUGUUCCCAAGAAAGCCUUCCUAACUGAGCAGGUUAGUUCUAUUCUUCAGUGUAAGAUCCCUGUCAAGUACAAAGACCCUGGCUGUCCUACAAUUGCAUGCAUGAUAGGUGACAGCAAAGUUGAAAGAGCUCUGUUAGAUUUGGGGGUCAGUGUGAAUCUCUUGCCAUAUUCAGUUUAUGUCCAAUUGGGAUUGGGUGAGCUAAAACCCACUUCAGUGACACUUCAGCUGGCCGACAGAUCUGUGAAAGUUCCAAGGGGAAUCAUUGAAGAUGUUCUGAUCAAAGUUGAUAAGUUCUACUACCCUGUGGACUUCAUUGUUUUAGACACAGAACCGGUUAUGAAUGUGGAGAUUCAGAUUCCAGUAAUACUAGGGCGUCCCUUUUUAGCUACGGCUAAUGCCCUAAUCAAUUGUAGGAUUGGAGUCAUGAAGUUAUCUUUCGGGAACAUGACAGUGGAGCUAAAUAUUUUUGAUAUUAGUAGGCAACCAUUUGACUAUGAAGGGGUCAGAAGUGCAUGCGCAAUAGAAGAGAUAGUGGAAGAGACUGUCAACGAGCCAAUUGUUGAAGACCAGUUGGGAACGUGCCUUACUACAUUUGGAGGCGACAUGGACCUGGAAACAUUACUUGAGCAAGCUGACACCUUGUUGGACUCAACUCCUGAGACAGAAACUGACAUCGGGGAAACCACUGAGACAUCAUCCCUUGAUCUAUCUCCAUCAGCAGUUGAGCCUGCCAAGCGGGACCUAAAGCCUCUGCCUGACACUCUGAAGUACAAAUAUCUUGACCCGUUUGAAUCUCUACCGGUGAUCAUAGCCGCUGACCUAAAUGAGACUUAA